CAGGGAAAAAAUGAAAAAAGAAAAACCAAAAAAGGAAAACGUUGAGCUGCAGAAGGGCUGAAGAGAGCAAAGCAACGCAAACACUUAUCUUUAUGCCUAGGUCCCUGCAGCAUUUUUUCUAGGCUUCUGCUAUGUCUGGUAUAGUUAUCUCCUCGACUUCUCAAAAGCCUAGAUAUUUUUUUCAUACUUCCAAGAUUUCAGCAGCUGCAACUUCAUCUUUGAAAAGUAGGAUCAGGGCAUUUCCUUUUUUGCCUUUAUGUGGGUGCAAAUUUGAGUUAGGAUGCAAAAGAAAUCGACCCUUUUCUUGGGAAUGUAAAAGAAGUUUUGAGAUUUGUGCAUUGUCUUCUAAUUCACAAGGCAAUAAUUGGGUAAGGGUUCAGCCCGAAAAAGAUGAGAACUUUAGGGAAGAAGAUGAGUUUGUAGUGGUGAAUUUUUAUCAUUUUGUGUUUAUUGAAGACCCUCAAGAGGAAGUGUCAAAGCACCUAUCCUUCAUGCAGGGUCGUAAUAUACACGGACGAAUAUACCUGAACGAACAAGGAAUUAAUGCGCAGUACAGUGGACCAGCCAAAGAUGCUCUUGCAUAUGCUAAAUGGGUAAAAGAGGACCAUAGAUUUGCAGGUGUACUAGUUCAGAUCUCACCAGUUUCAAAUGGCCAUGCCUUUCCCAGAUUAAGGCUUCGUUAUAAGCCUUCACUUGUUCAGUUGGAAGGAGGAAUUUCACAUCUUCCUUUGCUUGAGCCCUCAAUUCGAGCUAUACCCCUCACACCAUCCCAGUGGCGAAAUAGAUUAGAGGCAUUAAAUAAGGUUAAUGAUUGUUCCAAUGGAGAUCUCAAUGGCAACUGUAUUCUGCUUGAUGUGAGAAAUGGUUAUGAAUGGGACGUUGGCCAUUUUCAAGGGGCUCCACGGCCGGAUGUGGAUUGCUUUAGAAGCACUUCUUUUGGAUUGUCUGACUCAAUGGUCAGUGAAUCAGAUCCUUUAGCUGCCAUAGACAAAGAGAAAACAGAUGUAUUAAUGUAUUGCACUGGAGGUAUUCGCUGUGAUGUAUACUCUGCAAUCCUUAGAGGACGAGGUUUCAAAAGAUUAUAUACAUUGAUGGGAGGGAUUUCUCAUUAUCUCAAGAGUGAAGGUUCUGCUGGAUGGGUUGGAAAUCUCUUUGUUUUUGAUGCUCGUCUUGCUCUUCCUCCUCCUGUAUUCAAGCCUGAAGUUAAAACUGAAGCUUGCAAAACACAAGCUUUCCUGGAUAACUCAUUUGCCAAAUGCUAUAUAUGUGGUUCAAAAGUGUCGGAAUUGAGACAUCGUAAUUGUGCAAACCUUGAUUGUAACCUCCUUUUCCUAUGCUGCACGGCCUGUGUGAACCAGUUAAGAGGAUGCUGCUGUUUGAAAUGCACAUCUGCCGCUAGACUUAGACCAGUACUGCCUGGGCAUCAAAGAUACCAAAAAUGGCAUCAUUAUCGAGAAGUGGAGUUAGACAGAAGAUGAAGACUUGAUCACCCUCUAGCUCACAGAAAUUUUCAACUUGGUACUUCUUCAGCGAUGCAAUACCAACCGUUUUUUAUUGUGGAAAUUUGUUCUGGAGUACAAAAUCACGUCUGGCAGAGUGAGAGAGGUGUUGGUUGAUUAGAAGACCCACAGCAUGGCAUUUUGUACAAAAAAAUUCCAAUACCAGCGCUUUUGUUCUCAACCACCUGUUCUUGUAAAUGAUUAGAAUUUUGUUUUUCUGGCUUUGAGCUAUGAAAAUGAGUUUAGCUUGGAUGUAAACAAGUACUCCAGUCACUGAAUAAUGAAAGUUUUACCUUGUCUGAAAAUCCAAUGUGGUGAUCACCAUGGAUAUCUAACUAUUCUAAAAAUUGCAUUCAAAUAAGUUGAAGAGAUGGAUUAUAUUCUUUUGACCAGUCUAGUGUCUUAGAAUAGUUCAGGCCACUUGAGUUCAAUGGUGGAAUGUUAAUGCCAACUCAAGCCUUAUAGCCUGUUUGAAUUUUCUUGUAGCCUGUAUGGAAACUGUGGAAGUUGUAUGAUAUGUUAUCAAGCAUCCAUACCUAUCAAGUACUUUUGUA